UUAGCUCAUUCGGCUUCUAUGAAGGAAAAUUGCAGGAUAUUGGAUAAAAAGGAUAUGUUCGCUCUUGGAUUAGAAGGCUCUGCAAACAAGAUGGGUGUUGGAAUCAUCAAACAUCCAGAAAAAGGACCAGCAGAAAUGAUUAUUAAUCUGCGGCAUACAUAUAUUACGCCUCCAGGAGAAGGGUUCUUGCCAAAACAUACAGCAAAACAUCAUAGAAAAUGGGCUAUCUGUUUAAUUAAAGAAGCCAUGAAAGAAAGCGGGUUAAAAAUGAAGGAUUUUGACUGUAUAUGUUUUACAAAGGGUAUAGAAUGAAUAUUAGGAGGAUAUAUUGAUAAGACUAAGUCAUUAAGGGCCAGGAAUGGGCGGACCACUUCAAACAGUAGCUAUUAUAGCAAGAACUCUAUCAAUUUUACAUAAUAUACCCUUAGUAGGUGUAAAUCAUUGUAUUGGACAUAUAGAAAUGGGACGAGAAAUUACAGGUGCAAUAAACCCAAUAAUAUUAUAUGUUAGUGGUGGGAAUACGCAAGUUAUUGCAUAUACUAAACAAAGAUAUCGUAUUUUUGGAGAAACAUUAGAUAUUGCAGUUGGAAAUUGUUUAGAUCGCUUUGCAAGAACAAUUUACAUUUCUAAUGAUCCAAGUCCAGGAUAUAAUAUUGAAAAGCUUGCAAAAAAGGGGAAAGUGUUAAUUGAAUUACCUUAUACAGUGAAAGGCAUGGAUUGCUCAUUUUCGGGCAUUUUGAGUGCAAUGGAAAGCAUUGCAAAUGAAUUUUUUGACAAAAAUACGAAAGAAUUUCGUAAAGAUUCACCAUAUACAAAAGAAGACUUAUGUUUUUCUUUACAAGAAAAUGUAUUUUCCAUGCUUGUUGAAAUAACAGAAAGAGCAAUGGCACAUGUGGAUAGUAAAGAGGUUUUGAUUGUGGGAGGCGUUGGUUGUAAUGAAAGAUUACAAGAAAUGAUGAAUUUAAUGGCACAAAGUAGAGGAGGGAAAUUAUUUUCUACAGAUGAAAGAUUCUGUAUAGAUAAUGGUUUAAUGAUUGCACACGCAGGAUUAUUAGCAUAUAAAACAGGGUUUCAGACUCAUAUUUCUGAUAGUCAAUGUAUACAACGUUUUCGUACCGAUGAAGUACAUGUUACAUGGAGAGAGUCAUAG